AUGCCGGUGGGCGGCGCGUGGGAGGUGGUGGUCGACAAGGCGGCGCUGGAGGUGGCGAAGUAUUUGGCGCAGACAGCAGCGCCGUUUGUCGCCGACGCCGCGGAGGGGCGGUGGAUGUUGGCCCUCCUGGACCGCGGCGCCCUGCGUGACGUCGUGGUGGAGCGCAGCCUCAACGGCCUCUGCGGCAUGGUUGGCUGCGCAGAGGCCAUGCAGCAGCGGCAGGAGGAGGGCGACGACGACGACGACAGGGACAGAGCGUCUGACGGCGGCGCUGUUGAAAGCGACGACGAGGACGUCGCGGAAGCGUUCCGGCAGUGUGACAAGUACCGCAGGCGGCACGUCGUGCCGGGCGCCGCGCUGGGCGAUCGCUUCUGCUCCCCCGCGUGCGCAGCGCAGUUUGCGGCGCUGCUGGAGGCGGUGCAGCCGUCACUCGUCUGUGAGCGUGCUGAGUUGCCGGCCGCCAUUGGCGGCCUCUUCCCGAACAUGCGGCUCGAUGUGCUGCAGCGCCUCGCGGGGGCGGAGUCCACCGCAGUGGCGGACAUCCAGGAACGCGAUCCGCACGCACAAUCACACGAGCAGCCGCAGCAGCAGCACGUAUCUGUGGGCGAAGGCGCCGACGCUGUGGCGACGCAGGUGCGAGAAGUGCUGCAGGGGAUUGUGCCGCUCGAGAAUGUGCUGGAGCCCGCCACGCGCACAGACCUUCUCGUCGGCAGCAACAAAAGGAGGGAGCAGCGGACGCCGAUGCCUCUUGCGGUGUAUGAUUGGCUCCUGACGAUCUCAACGCCCAGGACAAAGAACCUCUUUGCGAAGCUGUGCUACAGAAGCUUCGGGGGAGGUGGCAACGGAGAGCUGCACGAUGGCGAUGCGUCGUCUGGGGAGGAGAGCGGCUUCUACGCUCAGUGCAUGCUGCCCAUCCGCGCAUUGUGCCUGCAGAGAGGGCGGCGGCAGCAGGAGGGCGCGGAAGUCGUGGACGAGGACGACCCAACUGUGGAUCCACUGUUGCAGCAGCAACGUCUCGCCCUCUUUGCCUCCUAUGCCUUCUCCGCCGAAACCACUGGGAUGCUCUCGCGGCUCCUGCUUUACGAUUACGCGACGCUCGAGGAGGCGUGGGAUGUGUGGCGGUCCGACGGGCUCCUCGAGAGCCUGCAGUUCCCCUUCGCGCUGCCUGGCUUCGUGACGGGCGGCGGGACGACACCGCCUGGCAUCUUCCUGGCGCUCGUUCUUGCCGCGGCGACGGGCCUCAGCAUGCCGGCCGCGUGGGAGGAGUGGCUGCGGGAUAACGGCGCUGCUGUGGAGCUGCUGGCCGCACUCGGGGCGACUACAGACGACCUCGUUGCAUGCGUGCGUGCGCUUGUGCUGGAGUGA